UCUACUGAUCUAUAUAAGACAUUAUACAUCCCUUACGGCUCUCCUUAUUUUCAGAUUUCAAACGUCUCCUUUCUUCACAAUGACUGUCAUAUCUUCCAAACCAUACACCAUCACGGCUGAAGCCACCCGAAUCUUCAAUUCUCUUGUCAAUGACCCCCGCCUUGAUGUCCCAGAGACUGUGAAGUGUGCGGCCAGACAUGUAACUAUUCAGGCCAGACACGAAGUGCCGUUUUUACCCACUCCAUUAAAGAUGACCGAGUCUUCCACCGCGCUCUGGGCGUACCUCAGCGCCUGGUCGCUCGCCAUAAUGAGCGCCCGAUACGGAUUGGGUGAGGAAACCGCCGUCAUUGAUUCCGAGCAGGCCACGUUGUACCUUUUAUCUUUCGCACUCGUUCGUUUCAACGGUGUGCCCAUUCUCGACGAACGUUUUGCCUCAAGAAUUGCACAGUACGACACGGGCAUGAGCUCUGAGCCAUACCGGGCGAUGGCUACCAAUAUCUACCCAACCCGCGAUGGAAAGUUCUACUACUUGCACGGGAGUUUAAACGCAACGCGAAUCUUGCGAAUGGUAGAUAUGCCAGACUCACAGCCGGAACUCACACGCGAUGAAGCCAUUGUGGCCCACACGGAAAAUCUUUCGCAAAAUUUCGAUAGCCACUGGCUCGAGAUCACUGCCAACGAAAGAUACAAACAAGCGGGCACGGUUUGCAAUACAUUUGAAGAAUUCUUGGCUUCUGAGCAUGGAAAGGCCAUCAAGGAUGACCCUAUCUACAUCGUCAAACAAGUGGAUGCUUCGCUUCCGGCUGUGGGUUGGCCAGAAGCCACCAAAGGUAGCGGCAGACCGUUGGAAGGAAUUCGGAUCAUUGAUUUCUCACGUAUUAUCGCAGGACCUGCGGUAACAAAGCUCUGUGCUUUGCUUGGGGCCACGGUCAUUCGCAUUUCCUCUAAUCCGCACCAGACCGAUUGGGCCGCCUUGAUGUUUGAUGGGAAUUUGGGAAAGCGUGACACCUCCUUAAACAUGAAGUCAGAGGAGGGUAAAGACGCGUUUGAAGCGUUGUUACUAGGAGCCGAUGUGAUCAUGGACGGUUUCCGUCCGGGCUCCUUGGAUCGUUUGGGAUUCACCAGGGACUAUAUGCGUUUGCUUGCUCGAAAGAGAGGUAAGGGACUUAUUCUCGCCCGCGAGAACUGCUACGGCUGGAAAGGGCCACUUCAGCACCGUUCGGGCUGGCAACAAAUAAGCGAUUGUGUCACUGGUGCUGCAUGGGCCCAGGGAAAGUUUUUGGGCUUGGACGAGCCGGUUCUUCCGUUGUUGCCUAACUCUGACUAUCAGACGGGGAUUUGCGGGGCCGCAGCCAUUUUGGAUGCCGUAUACAAGCGUGCCACCGUGGGUGGGUCCUACACCGUAGACUUGUCGCUCAACCAAUACAAUGUCUUCUUCCAGAAGCAGGGUUUGUUACCUGAGGUAGAGCAAGAACGACUCUUGAGACGGCAUAAAGGAGAGCUCGACUUUAGACACCAUGAUGAUGUGUUCAACUUGCUUGCAAAGAUGACCAAAUUUUUCGCAAAGCACGAGCCGGAGUUAUUGGACCCAAAGAUGUAUGCCAAGGCCAAAAGUAACUGGGGAGAAGAAGGGGAAGUGGUGGAGUAUAUCAAGCCGCCAGCCUUUUUUUCCAGCACCAGAUUGUUCCCGGACGUGGGAACCACCCGGGCAGGGGCCCAUCGACCACAGUGGCCGUAAAUCCCAUUGGGCUAGUAUUUACCAAAGGCUUUUUGUAUAAAAAAUAUUCCGAUUUAAACGCUAUGUUGGUUUUUAUAUACUUUUAUUUAAAUGCAAUUGUGCAACAAUUGAG